AUGGACAACUCUAACUCCAGCAACAGCUUGUCCUCCACAUUCUAUCUCACAGGUAUCCCUGGCUAUGAAGAAUAUCACCACUUAAUUUCCAUCCCAUUCUGUCUCCUCUACCUUGUGGGAAUAAUGGGCAACUGUACCAUUCUGCAUAUUGUUCGGACAGAUCCCAGGCUCCAUGAGCCAAUGUACUACUUCCUGGCCAUGCUUUCCCUCACUGACAUGGGUAUGUCCCUACCCACAAUGAUAUCUCUCUUCAGGGUGUUGUGGUCCAUUUCCAGAGAGAUCCAGUUCAAUGUUUGUGUGGUGCAAAUGUUUUUCAUUCACACCUUCUCAUUUACUGAGUCAUCUGUGCUCUUGGCCAUGGCCCUUGACCGGUAUAUAGCCAUCUGUCACCCUCUACGAUAUGCUACCAUUCUGACCCCAAAACUCAUUGCCAAGAUUGGAAUUGCGGCCCUGCUUAGGAGUGCUAUUGCAAUGAUUCCACUCCUGGCCCGUCUGCCUUUCUUUCCCUUCUGCCACUCCCACAUUCUUUCUCAUUCAUAUUGUCUGCAUCAGGACAUGAUUCGCCUUGCCUGUGCUGACACCAAAUUUAAUGUUGUAUAUGGAUUGGUGUUGAUCACUGUGCUGUGGGGCAUGGACUCACUAGGUAUUUUUGUAUCUUAUGUUUUUAUCCUUCAUUCAGUGUUAGGAAUUGCAUCCCAUGAGGGGAGGCUUAAGGCCCUCAACACAUGUGCAUCCCAUAUCUGUGCUGUACUCAUUCUUUAUGUGCCUAUGAUAGGGCUAUCUCUUAUUCAUCGUUUUGCCAAACACUCCUCCCCACUCAUACACAUCUUUAUGGCUCAUAUCUACUUAUUGGUUCCACCGGUGCUCAAUCCAGUUAUUUAUAGUGUGAAGACCAAGCAGAUCCGCCAAGGAAUCCUUCAUCUGUUUCUUCUCAAAAAGAUCAGUUCUACUGUGUUGUAG